CGAGAAGGGCGAAGGGCGAAGGCAGGGGAGGGCGCCGUGCACUCGGGCGGGCGUCCCGGAGCGCGACCUCCGGGCACCCGCGCCUGUCCCGGCAGGCGAGCGAGCGCACCCCGCGCACACGCCGCGGGAAAAACACGUUUCCCCGAGAGGCUCCUCCGCUCGUGCCGUCACUCAGGGCACCCCACGCGGCAGGGCACAAAGGAUUUCCUCUCGCUGAAGAGAGCCUGGGGCCUCGUGCCAGAGCCUGGCGAAUCCAACUCGGCGAAAACCCCAGGGCCGCGCAACGAGGGGCUCCCCGCCGGCUGACGCCACCCGCGGGCCCCACAGUCACCGGAUCCCAAAGACCCUGGGGCGCCCCGGGACCUGCCUCGCACGCCCCAGGGCCGCGCCACCGCCCUCGCUGGGCUCGCGCAGCGUCUGGAGGCGCUGCUGCAACAUCCGACCGCGUCCAGUCGCCAUGGAGACCAGGCGUUCACCACAGGACCGCGCGAGGGCGGAAACGGGGAGCGCUUGCUCCGAGACAAGCCCCACAUCGCCAUACCCCUAGGCGCAGGCGCGGGUGUACGCCGGCCUAGCGCGUGCGCAGACGGCACCGCGCCAGACGGCUCGCAGAGCGGGCUUCUAGAAACUUCCGGCCUCGGCUUCUUUACCCACCCCUCACAGUCUGCCACCAGGGGCGCCGAGCAAGUCCGCGGCUUAUGGUUUAGAAAACCGGCGCCUGAUCUGCAGUGGCCUCCCUUCAUCUCCACUUAAUGGCUCUUUGAAAGGCAAAAACUAAAUCAUUUGCGCACGCGGAAUGGCAAGGCCACAGUCAAAGGGAGUAUUUCCCAGUAUGUGGAGUCCUCUCUAGAAGGAUCAGAAGAACACGUAGUUUGCAACUAACUUGGCUUUUGCAAGUCCCGCUUGAACCCCUCAGGGUCUGAAGUACAAAUAGCGCCACAAACGCCGCACUUUCCCACCGCUCCAAGAACGUUACAGCGUCUGCGCAGGGCGUCUGAGGGCCUGCGCCUGCGCCUGCUCUGGCAGCCUUGAAUUGUGGGAGGUGUAGUCUCUUUUGCGCGCCCCACUGUUGCAUCCCAGUUAAGAGCAGGGUCUUUAAACUACUAUUCCCAGAAAGCCGGGGGAGUUUCCCAGGUGACUGCGAAGGCAUGGCAGAGACCCUGUGAAUGUCAGCUCAGAAGGUAAACGUAUAGGCUUGAGUAGGAGUCCGGCCGGAUGUGAGGUGAACCCUAAAGCUUUCCUAAUAGUAGUUAACAUCGUGCCUAAGCGAAACGAUUUUUUGUGAACAUGAUUUGUACUUUUCUACGAGCCAUACAAUAUACGGAGAAGCUGCACAGGUCCUCGGCAAAGCGAUUGCUUUUACCACACGUUGUGCUUAACAAAGCGUGCUUGAAGACUGAGCCCCGUUUGAGAUGUUUUCAAUAUCAAAAGAAAACAGUGCGACCUGGAUGUAUUCUUGGAGUCACCCAGAGAGCCAUCUGGACUCAGGGGCCAAGCUCCCGAAAAGCGAAGGAGGGCAGUGGCAAACAAGUGUCUGUGCACAGGAGUCAGAGAGGAGGAACCGCCAUCCCAAUAGCACAAAAAGUGAAAGAAGCCGGAAGAGAUUUUACCUAUUUAAUAGUGGUGCUCUUUGGAAUCACCAUUACAGGUAGCUUAUUUUACACAAUUUUCAAAGAACUCUUUUCUUCGUCAAGUCCCAGCAAGGUAUACGGGAGAGCCCUAGAAAAAUGCAGAUCACAUCCCGAGGUGAUCGGUGUCUUUGGUGAGCCUAUUAAAGGCUAUGGGGAGGUGACGAAGCAGGGUCGCAGGCAGCACAUCAGUUUCCUUGAAUAUGUAAAAGAUGGGCUAGAACACAUGCGUGUGAAAUUCUACAUCGAGGGCUCCGAGCCAGGGAAGCAAGGAACGGUGCAUGCAGAAGUGAAAGAGAACCCAAAAAGUGGUGAAUAUGAUUUUCGAUACAUAUUUGUAGAAAUGGAAUCCUAUCCUAGAAGAACUAUUAUCGUUGAAGAUAAUCGAUCCCAAGAUGAUUAAAAGAAUAAAGCAAGCAGGUUACAGAUGGAUGCUGGAUGGCGUGGACUCACUACUCUGAUCUUCACAGCUCUCUUCCCAGAAUCUGCUCAAAAGAAAGACAGGAAGGAGUGUAUGGUUUCUAAAGUGAAUCUGAUACAGUAUUUGUUACAUUUAAACAAACUAGACAUUUUCUUUUGGAAAAAUUAUGAAAUAGAGCAUAUGUUAUGUUCUCCCAUUGAAUCAAUCAUGACAGUAUUUCUGCUUUAACACCAUUUUUCCUGAGUAGAAAUGUUUGUUAUUGAAAAUUUUACAUCAUGUAAACAAAGGAAAUAGAUUUUAGUUUUGUAUUAUAGAACUGAAUAAUGUCUCCAGAAUAAAAUUAAAACUAACAAAUAUUUCAUUAGCA